AUGCCGUAAAGAAAACCGGAAACGAGGAUGGGUAAACUAACUUCACCUUGUUCUGACCGGUUCACCUUCAGCUCUGACGAGUAAAAUCUGCAAAUGUGUAGAUGCUAAGAGAGAAAGAAAUAACGGAACAAAAUAACCACAUGAAAAUAUAAGGACCGGGCAUGAUUGCAUUGCAAUCCAGUGCUGCAAAGCCGAAUUGAUUAGCUCAGUAGAUUCUCGUCUAAUAAACUCCCAGAUUGCCCCAGCGCUGCUGCAGUGUCUACUGCAGUCUUCGAUUCCUACAACGCCAGGCUCUCCCAGCUGCACCGAGCUCAAUGCGAGAGACAUGCUUGCCUUUAUUCUAGUAUCUGGCUCCAUUUGGAUGGUUUUAGAGAUUAGUAACACGUUGAUUGAGAAGAUGCAGGCCCAGGAGAUCCUGAGGAGCCUGCGCCUGCCCGAGCUCCAGGAGUUCAGCCAGUUCUUCCGCAGCCUGCCUGCCCCCACACUGGUCGGGAUCGGGGCUCUCGCCGCUGUCAUUGCCUACUGGCUGGCCACCAGACCCAAGGCCAUGAAACCUCCCUGUGACCUCACAAGGCAGUCCAAGGAAGUGGAGCACUACGCUGGUGCACGCCGCUCUGUACUGGGUGACAAUCCCAAGCUGCUAACACACUAUUAUGAUGAUGCGAGAACGAUGUACGAGGUGUUCCAGCGAGGGCUGCACAUAGCAGGUGACGGCCCUUGUUUGGGCUCCAGAAAGCCCAAACAACCAUAUGAAUGGCUGUCGUACAGGGAGGUUUCAGACAGGGCUCAGUGCCUGGGCUCGGGGUUGAUUUUCCAGGGAUGCAGACCCUGUCCAGAGCAGUUCAUUGGGGUCUUUGCACAGAACAGACCGGAGUGGAUUAUCUCAGAGUUGGCUUGCUAUACCUAUUCUAUGGUGGUUGUGCCACUUUACGACACUCUAGGACCAGGGGCUAUUCGCUAUAUUAUUAACACAGCUGAGAUUUCUACAGUUAUAUGUGACAAGCCCGAGAAGGCCAACGUCCUCUUGGAGAACGUGGAGACGCUGGAAACCCCCGGGUUGAAGACUAUCAUUUUAAUGGACCCGUUUGACCCUGCGCUUGUAGAGAGGGGGGACAGAUGUGGGGUUCACAUCCAAUUCAUUAAGGACGUGGAGGCGCUGGGGAGAGUGCACCAUAGAGUUCCUGUGCCUCCUCAACCAGACGAUUUAUCCAUUGUGUGUUUUACUAGUGGAACAACAGGAAACCCUAAAGGUGUCAUGCUGACUCAUGGGAACGUAGUAGCCGAUUUUUCCGGCUUUCUGAAAGUCACUGAGACUCAUUGGUCUCCUAUUAGUGAGGAUGUGCACAUUUCCUACUUGACUUUAGCACACAUGUUUGAGAGGAUGGUUCAGUCUGUAGUUUACUGCCACGGAGGAAGGAUUGGGUUCUUCCAAGGAGAUAUCAGACUCCUGUCUGAGGACAUGAAGGCACUGCGCCCGACAGUCUUCCCUGUGGUACCCAGGCUGCUCAACAGAAUGUAUGACAAGAUCUUUAGCCAGGCAAACAGCCCAGUGAAGCGCUUCCUUCUGGAAUUUGCAGCAAAGAGAAAAGCGGCAGAAGUUCGAAGUAACAUCAUCCGGAAUGACAGUCUGUGGGACAGACUCUUCUUCGGCAAAAUCCAGGCUAGCCUGGGAGGUCGGGUGCGAAUGAUCGUCACAGGAGCGGCUCCAGCUUCCCCCGCCGUGCUGGGGUUCCUGCGGGCAGCGCUGGGGUGUCAGGUGUAUGAAGGCUAUGGUCAAACAGAGUGUACUGCUGGAUGCACCUUCACCACCCCCGGAGACUGGACAUCAGGUCAUGUAGGAGCACCGCUGCCCUGCAAUCUGAUCAAACUGGUGGACGUGGAGGAGAUGAACUAUUUUGCUUCCAAAGGAGAGGGAGAGGUCUGUGUGAAGGGACCGAAUGUUUUCAAGGGCUACCUCAAAGACCCGGAGAAGACUGCAGAGGCGUUGGAUGAGGAUGGAUGGCUGUACACUGGGGACGUUGGGAAAUGGUUACCAAACGGUACGUUAAGAAUAAUUGAUCGAAAGAAUCAUAUCUUUAAACUGGCCCAGGGGGAGUAUAUCGCCCCGGAGAAGAUUGAAAACAUUUACAUCCGGAGUGAGCCAGUAGCCCAGGUGUAUGUCCACGGGCACAGUUUACAGUCCUGCUUGGUGGGUAUUGUUGUACCUGACCCAGAAGUCAUGCCACCCUGGGCGAGGAAAAAAGGCUUUAAGGGGCAGUACGGAGAGCUGUGUAAAGAUAAGGACCUUAAGAAAGCAAUAAUGGCAGAUUUGGUCCGACUGGGAAAGGCAAACGGACUUCAUUCAUUUGAGCAGGUCAAAGACAUCUACAUCCACAGUGAAAUGUUCUCCAUACAAAAUGGCCUUUUGACCCCAACGUUAAAGGCGAAGCGACCGGAACUGAGGGAUUAUUUUAAAGAAAGAAUAGAAGAGCUUUAUGCCAACAUCUCUAUGUAAAAUAUCCAUUCAGAUGCCCUGUUUCAGAGACUUUUGUAAGUGCUGGUGGUGUCCAUUCGGAAGGGGGUAGGAUUCUGAAGUAUACAGCAAACUCCACAGUCCUGAAACAGUGCUGUUAAAACCAAAUCUACAGUUUUUCCAAACUAAAACAUUUCACCUGCAUUUAUUUGUCUUGAAGGUUUUAUACGAGCUCAGAUUAUUCACUGUAACUCCACUCGUCACAAUGAAUGCGUGUGUUUCUGAAGUUCUGCAUGAGCGCCUCCAGGAUCUGCGAAGCGACUACUGGCCCAAGUUUCAAAUCAAUCCUCUUUGUUAGAAGUAAAAAGCAGUACGAUUUCUUCUAUCACAGCGAUGUUAUAUAUUCUGCAUUUAUUCAUAUUGGUUCCCUUGAAUGCUGCUUUUUGUUUUAUAAAAGGUGGGCUAAAGCCGGCCAUUUUUAUUCUUCUGAUUCCGAGUAUCUUAGGAACCACGAGUUCUGUUUGAUUUUAGAAACUGGAGAUAAUAGAUUCGAAAAAAAUGCAGUGUGUAGUGAGAAAAAGAUUGUAAAUGUUUAAGUAUCUGAGUAGUUAUAAAAAACGGGUAGACCUUCUUAUUAAAACACAGCACCCAGUGAGGGGAAUGGAGGCCAGUUAUGUAUAAUAAAACACAAGUUCUUAAAUAAAAAAAAAUAAAACAAAUAUGACACUAAUUUCUUCUUCCCAUCUUUUCCAAAGAUUGUAUUAUCUGUGUGGAAUACAGUGCGGGUGGUGGCAGUCACAUGUGCAAAGGAAAGCCAAUUACAUACUGGUUUCUGAGGGCAAACUUUGAGAAAGUUUACUGAAGUAUAUUGACUCAUAAGAACAUACGUUUGGGAAGAGCAAGUGGGUCAUUUGACCCACGAAGGCUCCUCCUAUCUUAGCACACGACAACUGAGAUCAUUUGAUAGGAAUCUAGUCUUUUUUACCUUGCACUACAUUUUUUUUUACUAUAGAUACUUUUUUUUUUUUUUUUUUAAACUGGAACGGGGCUCGCAGUCAUUUCACAUCCGUAUAUAUUUGAAUCAAACCAUUCAGAAUUCACUUAUUUGAAUUUCACACUGUUACAAACCACUCCAAAUACACUGAGAACCCUGCAGAAAGCAGCCACAAGACCACAGCGUGAUGACAUUGCUGGCAUGUGACAUGCACACAGUGAACCUCUGUAUUCACAAGGUUAAGUUUGCAUGUUGUGUGUAAUUUGAUUCAGCUUUUACACGUCAAUAAACUGGCAUUCCUCGGAUAACCCUCUAUUCCUGCUCCUCUUGUAUGCAGCUUGUUUUUUUCAUUCAGAGUAAAGACUGACAGGCUGAAGGGAACAUGUGCUUACACAAGACUGUGUGAUCACAUGAACACAGGCAAAGGGGUUGUACUUAUUGUUUCUCAGGGCUAAGACAAUUUUCUGAAUUUCUGAACUUUUGCUCCCAGCUAAAAUGGGAAUAAUGCGUUUGAAUCAUGCUGUUUCUAUGUUGUCACCUGUUUGCACAGAGUAAUAGAGAUUUACAGACAUUCAAAAAGACACUUUUGUUGAACUUUCAUCUUCCAGGCUGAAAUCAAUGAACUUCUAGCUGGGAAAAUAUAAAUUCAUGCGAUAGAGAGCAAAUGUGAAGCAGUUUUUAUGUUGACGCAAUUCUUCACUGAUAAAUAAAAAUAAAAACAGGUGCCUUGUUUAUUUCAUGUAUUUAACUGGUUUUUCACAGCUAAAAAUGAAUUGGAUUAGGGGAAGAUGAAAUCAACUAAUACAGUAUCCAUGUUGUUCUAUAUAUUGUUUUAUAAUAAGAGUAUUGAAUAUUAAUACAAUCUAAUGGCAUGUUACAGCAUCACUGUGUGUUUAGAGUGAAUCCUCCCUAAGAAGUAUCUUUAGAUUUCUUUUUAAAUGUUAUGGUUGAUUGUUUGAAGCUUUGAAUGGAAAUCUCAAUAUAUAUAUAUAUAUAUAUAUAUAUAUAUAUAUAUAUAUAUGGCUGAUCAUAUUCUAUUCUGACUCUGAAAUGACCCGAUGCAUACAUUCACAUUACAUUAGCUUUAUGCAUACUGUACAUAAUAAUAAAAAAAAUAAUAAAUACAUAAAUAAAAGGAUGUAAAGGUAUCUAUGAUGUAUCUGUGCUUGUAAAUUGUAAAUGAAAGCACAUGCAUGAUUGUACAGACAGUACUACUGUAACGUGAAUGUACACUAAAGAGACUGAGGAGCAGUAUUUUUGCAUGAAAAAAAACAAAGAAAAACAACCAACCCUUUCAACAACAACAAGUUCUCCCAGAACAAAAUCCUCUACUGGGAGUACAAAGAAUGAAAUGCACUGGAAACCCAUACUGUUGAAUGUAUUCUGAAACAAAGCAUGCAGCAAAAGGUCUUCAAACAUGUGUAUAUAUUAUAUGUAUAGAUAGACAAUAUAUAAUAAUAAUAAAAGCUUUAUUAACAUAGGGGAUUUUUUAAAAUAGUUUUAUUAACGCUCCUGCAUGUAAAACAAAUAAAAGAAAUUAUUAUUAUAGGC